GUUGAGACGUUGCCACGUAGGACUGAAGAUAGCACACCCCCUCUCUCUCCAUUUCCACCUCUCGUUGCCUAUCUCACACUAGUGACACAAAUACCCUCUCUCUCCAUUUCCACCUCUCGUUGCCUAUCUCACACUAGUGACACAAAUACCCUCUCUCUCUCUCCUCUAUCUAAAGUCUAAACCUUUACCAAUCACCCUCUCCUAUCAUUCAACACAACCAAAGGUAUCUGAGAGAGAUAGAGAGAGAGAGAGAGAGAUUACAGGCAAAUCAAUGGCCUCUACCUGUGCAGUUCCAAUGGCGAUGUCACUUACCGUUGCAACCCAGAUGCGGCAACCAACUGCCGCCGCUUCCUUCUUGAACCCCAUGCUGCCGGCGAGGGAAUCCAAGCGGAUCGCAGUGGCGGCGUCCAAACCAGCCAGGAGAUUUGAAGCGAGGGCGUCGCUGAAUGAGAAGGCCGUGACCGGACUGACAGCAGCCGCGUUGACGGCAUCCAUGGCGGUUCCGGAGGUGGCUCAGGCGGCUGAGACACUCACCCCGUCCCUGAAGAACUUCCUGCUAAGCAUCCUGGCCGGAGGGGUUGUGCUCACGGUCAUUGCCGGCGCUAUCAUCGGUGUCUCCAAAUUCGAUCCUGUCAAGAGAGGCUAAAACAGCACACUCUCAUGUAGUAGUAAUAAUCAUUUUACCUUUUCUCUGGUCUCUGUUGUGAUGGUGAUGAUAUGGUCUCAAUGUAAUCAUCAGAAACAUGCGAAUGAUAUUCAAAUUUCUAUUUUCCAGAUAAUGCUUACUACGUUAAUAAUGGUGUUUGUUUCAU